AUGGGGAAGAAACUGAAAGUAGGAAAGACCAGGAAGGAUAAGUUUUACCACUUAGCCAAGGAAACGGGAGGAUGGUUGCAGGUGGCAUCCAAGUUCAUGCCUGUCUUCAGUCUCGUCAUUGGAGUGGACCUAGUUCCUAUCAAGCCCAUUCCCAAUGUGGUCACCCUGCAGGAGGACAUCACCACAGAGAAAUGCCAACAGGCCCUGAAGAAGGAGCUGCAGACCUGGAAGGUUGAUGUUUGUCUGAAUGAUGGUGCUCCCAACGUGGGAGCCAAUUGGCAAUACGACGCCUAUUCACAAGGAGACAUGCCCUGGAGUGCAGAUUGGGUUUCCUCCCCUUACCAGAGCAGGGGGUGCAGCUCGGGCCCUGCAGGGGUGUCGUUCGCAGUGGGGCUGCAGGAGGUGGAGGAGGAUGAAAAGAACGAGCUGCUGGUGGAAUUGGAGGAUAAGAGUGAGAAGAGGGACCGCGAGACCAGCCUGUGGUUCGGGAAGGUGCGGCCCCCGCCCCCCAGCCCGACACUGAGGGAGGACGGGAGGAAGGGGAAAGGGAAAAGUAAAACCACGCCCACUGAUCAGAAAGGGGAGGAGAUUAAAUGGGAAGUUGGAGCAGCAUCGCAGGUCAAAGAUCAGCAGGAAGGAGGAGAAAGUGACAGCGACUCUGACACCAGCAGCAGCGAGGACGAAAGUGCGAUCCAGGAUAUUAAGAGGAAGUCGGGGAUGAAAGGAGAGAAGAGAGGCCUGGGAGAGGAGCAGGACUUUGAGGUGGUGCCUGUCAAGAGAACGAGUAAGAAGGCUCAGAUCCUGAACCCCGAGGGACUGGCUUUGGGCACCAUCAUCGCUGCUUCCAAGAAGAAACAACGAGACCUUGUUGACCGGUCCUUCAACAGCUCCAGCGCAGGGAACGGGAUUCGUAACUCCACCUUCAGCGUUCCUGCGUCGGACCCCAGGUUCAAGAGCUACGAGAACACUACUGUCUGGCUGCUGUCCCUAUUCAGCUGCAUUGCAGUGGCCUUCAUUUUUUCCAGAGGGAAGCCCUUCCUCAAGGCAAUCUAUGCCAACUGAGUGUCAAAAACAUACCUCUCACCCUGACCAGCCCUGAGCUUAACCUACCGUGUGUUCAGCUGCAGCUCUGUGACUUUAACCUGUGGGGUUAAGCCUUUCCCAUCUACAGUAUACGUUGAAUAGCCAUAAUCCUAACGCUAACCCUUAACCUGCCUCUGUCGUGCUCAUCCCUUCCACAACGCAAUACACAGCCCCUGUGAGUGCUCUGACCCUGACCAUAAUGCAACUCACUCUGCUGUGUUUGUGAUGUUGCCCCCUGUAGAUCUCUUUGUGUUGGUCCUGCUGUUCAGUUAGCAGUCUGUCUCUUCUUCCUCUUUGCAGACAUCCCUGGGCUCUAUCAGUUCAUGAAUGUAUGGUUUAUACCUGCACCACAGCUUCCAGCAUGUUUGUGUAGAUUACACAUUUUCAGGGUGUUAAAACAGUGUGAAUCUCUCCCUCUCUCUGCUCAGCUGGUGUGCACCCCAACCGAGUGGGGACUUCACAUCCUGGUCAUGCUGCUUGUCUACUUGGCAAUCAAGCUGAGUUUGUGAGGGUUGCUGCCUCUAGUGUCUCGCACUUUCUCUGGGAUUCCUUCAGUGAGAACGUGGCUCUGUGGUUGCGUAGUCUGUGCUUCUUGGUCUUUAUUGGCAUGACAAGUUAUACAAGCAUUGUCAAAGUAAAUGCAGCGAGUGGACAGAAAUUUGUUAUACGUGUGUGUGUGUGUGUGUGUGUGUAUAGGCUUCUCCUCUGUUAAUUUCUUCUUCCCAUACCCCUUUCAUCAAGAGACCUUGAGAGGAUAUUACCAAGAGAGUAUUUCUCUCAAAUUUCUCUGCAAAUUGUACUCUCUAAGGCUGUGGCUGUGUAGUCUGUCUGACAAUCUCUCUGUCUCUCAGGAGAUCAUCAUUGAGAACAGGACCAUUUGCUGUGUAGUCUAUCUGUGUGUGUGUGUGUGUCUCACAGUCUCUGAGGUCUCUCACAGGAGUUCAUCAUUGAGAACAGGGCCCUGUGGUGGUGGCUGAGGUGCUGUGCAGGGGUACAGUCUCAGAGCUGCUUCAGGUAGCUGCAGACAGCGCUGGAGAAAGAGGCAUGCUGGCUCCCCCUCUCAGGGGCAAAGUAUGUUGGCCCUCUCAGCAAAAACGGUUCCUGUGUGAAACAUAUUGAAAAUGAUUUAAUAACAACCGUAUUAUAUAUUUAUUGUAUGUAUUGUAAUCCUACAAAAGGCCAGUCUUUAGCGCCCACCAUUACCACAGUACGACCUGGGAGGUGUGGCCGGCUCCCUCUCCAUCUGCCUAGCAUCAGAGAUCCGGAUAACACUAACAAUUUUUUUUUUUUUUUGGUUCCUGGAUAGUAAGUGUUAU